AAAAUAAGAGAGACAGAAAAAAAAGAUGGCAAUGCAAGAAGCAAGCUUUUGUUUUGGUUAAAAGGAAGACAAAGGGAGGAAGAAAUGGCAGAGCAUGAAGCAAGCUUUUAUAAAGACUCAAAAACUUGAAAGGAAGGAUGUACAACUACGGUUAACAAAAUAUAGUUAUAAAAUCGUUAACCUAUUUGCGCUUUACUACUUUCCAUCCCCGCUAGAAUCACAUUGAUCCAUUUAGAAACCAAUUAUAUAUAUUUAGGGUCAGGUGAGAAAAAUUAGGAGAUUAAUUUAAGCAUGGUUAUGAGAAAUUUGGUGAGAUUAAAUUAGGGCAACAAGUUAGUAUAUAUAUUACAGAUGGGGUAGCAAAGAGAUCAAGGAGAUUGAUAUUAGAAAAUAAGAGAGAGUAAAAAAAAAAGAAAUGGCAAAGCAAGAAGCAAGUUUUUGUUUUGGUUAAAAGGAAGACAAAGGGUGGAAGAAAUGGCAAAGAAUGAAGCAAGCUUUUAUAAAAGACUCAAAAACUUGAAAGGAAAGAUGUACAACUACAAAAGGCUCAAAGAAACAAGAAUGGUGUAUUCCCAUGAUAUGGUGCUGGGUUUUGGAAUCUUGAUUUUGAUGUAUAUAUUGACUUGUGAAAUUAUAGGAGAUGAAGCAUUCCAAAAGGUGGUGUCCAAUGAUAGUCACCUAACCAAGGAAUAUCACAUAGUAACCGUUAAGGCAAACAAUGCAAAUAUUCCUUUGGAAUGCUGCGAUAGACUUUAUGACUCUUUUGUGCAAUUUCAUCUCCGAUUCGUAUAUGGGUUGUAUUCCUAUUAUUGGCUUCAAUUCUAUAUCCAGUCUAUUGGGGAUAUUUCUUUUAUGGCCAACAACCAUGAUUUCAAAAUCAAGGCCUUCUACACUCUUACACUCCGUUAGGUUGCACAUCUGCAACAACAACAUGAUUGAGUUAUCUUUUCUCUGCAUUUUCUCUCAUUUCCAUUGGAGGUGGUUGUGUUAGCUACUCCACAACCUUCAAAAUUGAUCAUUGGAAGGAAUAAAGAUAAAUCAGAAGAUAAGAGAGGUCGUAUAAAGGUUUUUUUAUGUA